CUUAAAUUAUUGGCUAACACCGCAAGGUCUGCAAAUUCCACGAUUUACACAGUGUUCACCCAAGCUGACGUAUCUGUUAGUGGACAUAAAGUACAAGAAAAACAGAUAACGACGGGCUAUGAUUUAUUAACAACUGAUCCAAACCCUGAAUCAUCACAAGGAAUUAAACGUGACCUUGAUAAUGAGGUGGAUGAAGAGGAGUAUGACGCGAAACGAACAAUUAUUGGUGGCAAAAGUACUAGUUGGAUAGUGAACGGGAUUAACAUCCGUCAAAGACUCACAGAGUAUCAGGAAACAGGUCUUCCAAAAACAAGACCAGAAUAUUAUGACGUAAUAUUGUUCACUGACAAAAAUCAAGAUGGGUUUUUGGGGACACUGGAGGAAAACGUCGUUAUACAGAUGCGUAAGGAAAUAGAGAGAAAGGAUGAUAAAACCGAAGAUAAUAUCGAAAAAAAAAUAAAGUCAUUUCUGAAUAAUAUUAUUACUCGCGACAUAAAGGAAACUAAGAAAAAUCUUAAAUUACAAAAGGACGAUACGUUCGAGGAGGAUUUUGCAAUAUUUUUUGUGAACCACAUGAUCGAGCUUAUUGAAGACGUAAAUGUACUUCUCGAGGAUAUGUCCGAAGGGACAUUCAUUGCAAUGUAUGGGGAAACAUGUCUUAGAGCGAGCGCCGAAGAACAAAAUUCCCAGAAAACAGAUGAUGAGCGACGCUCACCUGGUGAGAAGAUUGAUACAAUUAUCGCAUUGAGAAAUGAUGAUGAAGAAUUCUCUGUCACGGAAGUAAGCGAUCGGCUAAAAAUAAUUAAAAUGUCAAAAACGUUGAUGAAUCGGUUUGCGAGACUUCGUCCAAACUCUGAUAUUAGAACGUUCAUAGUAUAUCAAGUUAUCCUAUACGAAUUUCGACUCAAGUUCUCGGAAAUAUACACCGUAAAAGAAUUAUUGAGAUUUUCAAUCCCGAAAACCUGGAAAGACAUGAGGAAUUCACACGAAGCUAUAAUCGGAUUCUUAAAAUAUGAGCAUCUGUUAUCCGAAAGUUCAAGUACAAUAGAAGAUUUUUUGUGGAUAGAAAAUAAUAGCAACGAAGAGUUUCAGGGAAUGACAACACGAACAGUUUAUACUUCUAAAU